AUGCGUCGUGUGUGCAGUAAUUGUCCGUGGAACUACCGGAUAUCAGAGAUACAACUUUUCACCAAAAUUACAGUAUUUGAGAUUAUAUAUUGCUGUAAGGAAUAAUACACGUAUUGCAUUACGUAGAUUGUGCAUGUCGUGAAACGUCAAACAGCUUGACCAAAGUGUACGUAGCGUUAAUCCUGUUGUCGCCAAGUGCUCAUGUUUAGCAUCCGUGCAGUUAAAAGUGGGCUAACAUUAAUUGCAGUAGCAAAGGCUAUGAGCGCUGCGGCAGGAUCGUCGGAGCCUCCAGGACUCUGCCUAUCAGGGAACACCGUCGGCGUACGCCCGGACAGUCCGUCUCGGCUGCUGAGACUGGCCGCCGUCCCGGGAUAUGAGCAGGACCGGGUGAAUGAUCUGUUACUGCAUAGCCCCGUUGGAUCUGUGCGUCGGCACGGCAGCUCCGAGAUACCCGAGAGUGGCAAUGCCCAUGUUGUCUUUUUCCCGGGGGAUAUUCAGAAUUUUCAGCAGGAAAUGGCCCUGCACCCAGACGCUGCCCCAUGGCAGCACUGGAGCCUUGAGAGGGUGGCCCUGAUCUUGGGGCGCCGCUUUCUGAGCCACCAUAUCUGGAUAAUUCGAGCAUCACGACUGUAUCUCCACAAGUUCAGCAGCUACCAGAAUUUUGUGGAAAGCAACUUAUUUGGGGCGCCUGAGCAUUCCUCUGACUAUGGUGCUCUGCGCCAUCUGAGAGCCUUACUUGCCCAUGGAAUGGAACGUGCCAACCUUCCAGACCCUCUGCCCAUUCUGGGUAGUUCCUUGUCUCUUCCGCCCGGCUUCUCUCUCACCAUCAUGGGCUUCAGCAAGGGCUGUGUAGUGCUCAACCAGAUGGUCUAUGAACUGCCAGCAGCAAAGACAGACCCAGAGCUUGCACCCUUUUUGGAAUGUGUGACUGAUAUGUACUGGUUGGAUGGGGGUCACCCAGGUGGCAGUGAAACUUGGGUCACAGACAAAAGGGCACUGGCAGAGCUGGCAAGGAGCGGAGUGGCCCUUCAUGCCCACGUCACACCCUAUGAGGUGCACGAUCCGAUGCGGGCCUGGGUAGGCCAUGAGCACAAGCGUUUUAUACACACGCUUGAGGAGCUUGGCGCACAGCUUUCUCAGAAGUUGCACUUUGAGGAUGAGCCAGCAUCUAUUGACAACCACUUCCGGGUCAUCCAGGAAUUCUGAGGCCUGGCCAGCCACUGACUGAAACUGUAGACCCUGGGUAAGAUGUCGGAGUCAUUGCCCUUCCUGAUGCACAGUCAGAUUGAAGUUUGACAGUCAGAUUUGUAAUCCGUUCGUGAAGCUAGGUGCAGCCUCUAGGCUCAUUGGUCAGAGUAUUUGGUUGUUCAGGAGUGUUGGCCUCAAUUAACUGCUCCUCGCUGAUCGCAAACAGCCCAAGCUACUCAUUGGGAGGACUAGUAACAAGUUUGUGUUAGCAGCAAAUGGAAGAAAUGACCUCAUUCCGUCAAAUACAGUAUAAGGGCUUCAUAAUUUGCACAAAGAUAUGGAAAGUAAGAGUAAUGAUGAUUCUGACUUAUGCACCCUUCUUAUCCCUUGGAAAGUUCUUGUAUAUUCAGUUAGAAUUAUGCUUAAGAGCGAAGUGUAUAUUAUUUUCCCUGCAGUCUGAUAUUCCUGUAAUCUUUCCAAGUUGAUGACAUUCGUGAAUGUAAAUGGUCAUUUCUCAUGUCCGUAUAGCAACAUAAUGCUUAAAAAAUGUAUCUGGAAGACUAAAGUCUUAAUGUAAAUGUACGAUAAGUACAUUAAUAAGGUUAUGUGAUGAGAAUUAUUCUCAUUGUUAUAAAAGUGGCACUUACUGAGGGUUAUCUAACCCUUAAACUGAUAAUACACAAAGCAACAUUUUUAAGAAUGCUGCAUUUUGGCAACCACAGAGCAGGUUCCAUCUGUUCUGAUUGGCUGAUGACAAUUAAAGGCCUACUAGUGAUUGAAGAACUCCAGAAAGAAAAAUUGAUGCCCAACAUCAAUAGAAAUGUCCCCAAACAACAAUAGUCAGGAUCACUGCCCAGCAACAUUGCUUAAAAAUGACCUUGUGUUUCACCAGCUUUAGAUAUAAUUGCAUUGUAAUGACUAAUCUUCAAUUCCAAUGUAAAAGUUCUGAUGAGGAAAAGUGAUGUAUUGCUCCCUCCUGAUGUCUACAUGUUAAGCGAUUACUAAUGAAACAUUCAUGAAAGUUAUUUAGUGUCAUCUGGCAUGUCAUUUAUUACCAGUUACCCUCUGCUUUCUGCAUGGUUCUAGUUCAUCGUGUUUGUUUUGAAGUAGAAUCUCUUGAUUAUUAAAGUUACCAGCUUAAAAGCUAACUGCACUAGAUAUUUAACACAUAUUGUGUGAAUGACUCCAAUACCUCUGAAAACCUAUAAAAUAGCCUGCAUUGAAUGUACCAAGCACUUCAGGUCCAUUCCAUGUUUUUCCUUUAUGCUUUCUUAUUCAAUAAAGAAUGUAAAUCAGAAUGCUA